CAUCAUCAGAUCAACAACAUUAGUUCCUAAACUUAUAUAUUAUUCCUAGAUAGCAGAGAACAUUAUGGGUAGAGCUCCUUGUUGUGACAAAGCCAACGUGAAGAAAGGGCCAUGGUCUCCCGACGAAGAUGCCAAGCUCAAGGCAUAUAUCCACCAACACGGCACCGGAGGCAAUUGGAUCGCCCUUCCCCAUAAAAUAGGCCUAAAGAGAUGCGGGAAGAGUUGUCGAUUAAGAUGGCUCAACUAUCUCCGACCAAACAUCAAGCAUGGGGAGUUUACUAGGGAAGAAGACAACAUUAUCUGCGCUCUCUACCUAAGCAUCGGUAGCAGGUGGUCGAUUAUAGCCGCACAGUUACCUGGGAGAACAGAUAAUGACAUCAAGAACUACUGGAACACAAAGCUGAAGAAAAAGCUGUUAGGUAUCAAGCAAAGAAGGGAUCAUACGGUGGAGAUGAUGUCAAGCAAGGAAAGGGAGAAGUUGCAGGCUGAUCAGACGGCGGUGAAUGUAUGCCCGCCGCCGGUAGCGUUUCCGGCACCGGAAAUUCUGUGCGAAUAUCCUAUGUUCACGACCAUGGGUUGCAUAACCAACACUUAUUCAUCGUCUUUCGCGACUAAUAACAACUAUUCACCCCUCGUCAUGAGUGAUGCCAUAGCCACAAAUGAUGUUUUCCGACAAGCUUUCAAUUUCCCAACGACUGAGCUCAACCACCAUGACUUUCUUUACGGUUACAAUUCGCCGCAGCAGCUAGCUGACAGAUAUAGCAGCACCAUAACUUCUGGUUCUUCUUCAGAAGGCACAAGUAGUUGCUGGGAAGAUAUAAGCUCUCUGGUUUAUCCACCGCCAAAAAUGGUGUCCACCAAUCAUCAUCUUGAUGAGAUUUGUCCUCCCACCAUGUUUUCAAACCCUAAUCUGCCCUGAUACCAAUUAUCAAGAUACCACUAUCUCAAAAGUUAUAGCUGGUAGCAAAUUGUGCAAUUUUAUUUUCUUAAACUUGCAUAACAGUCAGCACCACAUUUCGAUGAGAGGAUCUCUAGCCUGCAAUGCAAUAAUAAUAAUAGCAACACAUUUUGUUAAUCCCAGUGAGCUUAGCUUUCAGUGAAUGAAUCAGGAAAUAGAUAUGGGUGUACGAUUAUUAUUAUUAUUAUUAUUGCACUAUCAUUUUCAUAUUGAUUGGCGAUAUGAUCAUAUUCUUUAAAGUCUGUGUGUCAAAGAAAA